AUGCCGCAGAAGCUCACGGUCGCGGUGGCGCAAGCCAGCACCCAGUCCACCCUGGCAGCCACUUUGGCGGCCCUGGAGCGAGUGACUCGCCAUGCUGCGGCCCGCGGGGUGCACUUGAUUCUCUUUCCCGAGGCAUAUCUUGGGGGCUAUCCCAGAACCUGUGACUUUGGCACAGCUGUAGGUGCCCGUGGCGCUCAUGGGCGCGACCAAUUCCUCGAAUACUUCCAUGCGGCGGUCGACUUGGGUGACACCCCCACGGGAGCUGGGGACGACUGGGUGAACCGUAGAUUGCCCCUUCCGCGAGGCAAGGAAUACCGCGGGGAUGGCACCCGAGAGGCGCUGGAGAAAAUCUCCCGCGAAACUGGUGUGUUCAUCGUGUGUGGCGUCAUUGAGCGCGCCGGGGGUAGCCUGUAUUGUUCCGCCAUCUAUGUCGAUCCGCGCGAUGGCGCCUUGGGCAAGCGGCGGAAGGUCAUGCCGACGGCCUCGGAGCGUCUGAUCUGGGCUCAAGGAUCCCCUUCCACCCUCAAGGCUGUCACCACUGAACUUAAUGGGGUUCGGCUGACCAUCGGGGCCGCAAUCUGCUGGGAGAAUUACAUGCCGAUGCUUCGACAGAGCCUGUACUCUCAGAAUGUCAACCUCUAUCUAGCCCCGACGGCCGAUGCCCGCGAUACCUGGCUGCCGUUGAUGCGCACAGUGGCUGGAGAAGGCCGUACGUUCGUUUUAUCCGCCAACCAAUGUGUGCGACGCCGGGAACUGCCCGGAUGGAUCACGGCCAACUCCCAGGACAAACACAAUGGCGAUGACUAUGUGUGUCGGGGCGGCUCCUGCAUUGUCGGUCCCCUGGGAGAAGUCCUCAGUGACCCCAUCUGGGAAGUGAGCACAGAUGAUGUGACUGACGCCAGUGAUCCAAAUGAUCCAGCAAUUGCAGCCGCACUGUCUAUCACGGAGAUUGAUAUGGAGGAUUGUGAGCGCGGCCGGUUAGAUCUGGACGUGGCGGGCAGUUACUCACGCAAUGACUCCUUCAAGCUGACAGUAGAUGGGCUGGACCUGAACCCUCCGCCACUGUAA